GAACGACUGUGAUGCGUAUGACAGCGUUUGAUGCUGACGACUCUAGCACAGACAAUGCUCUUCUGCGAUAUAACAUCCUCAAACAGACACCUACCAAACCAUCCCCAAACAUGUUCUAUAUUGACCCAGAAAAGGGAGAUAUUGUUACAGUGGUGUCACCUGUACUGCUGGAUCGUGAGACUAUGGAAACCCCAAAAUAUGAACUGGUUAUAGAAGCUAAGGAUAUGGGUGGUCUUGAUGUGGGACUAACUGGCACAGCAACUGCCACUAUUCUUAUUGAUGACAAAAAUGACCAUCCACCAGAAUUUACCAAGAAGGAGUUUCAAGCCACAGUAAAGGAAGGAGUCACAGGUGUAAUAGUAAACUUAACUGUUGGUGACCGAGAUGACCCAGCCACUGGAGCAUGGAGAGCUGUCUACACCAUUAUUAAUGGAAAUCCAGGGCAGAGUUUUGAAAUCCAUACCAAUCCCCAGACUAAUGAGGGAAUGCUCUCUGUUGUCAAACCUUUGGACUAUGAGAUUUCGGCAUUUCACACGCUGCUGAUCAAAGUAGAAAAUGAAGACCCGCUGAUUCCAGACAUAGCCUACGGCCCCAGUUCCACAGCGACAGUUCAGAUCACUGUUGAGGAUGUGAAUGAAGGCCCAGUUUUUCACCCAAACCCAAUGACAGUGACAAAACAGGAAAACAUCCCUAUUGGCAGUGUUGUGUUAACAGUAAACGCCACUGAUCCAGAUACUUUGCAACAUCAGACUAUCAGGUAUUCGGUUUACAAGGAUCCAGCAAACUGGCUAGAAAUUAACCCUACAAAUGGUACCAUUGGCACUACUGCUAUCCUGGAUCGGGAAUCUCCUUAUGUUCAGAACAACAUAUACACUGCUCUCUUUCUGGCAAUAGACAGCG